AUCACUUACUCUUGAUACCAAAAUAAACAACGGAGAAUUAAUCCCAUCUGAGCUCCCUAAUAGCAUGAAGCCAUCACUGAAAUAACCUCUGCCAGUAAUGUGUAAGUUCCUGUAUGGCAUCCUGGCUGCAAGGUAGAAACCACGUUUGACAAUCCAAAGGGGGGGGUACACGCAGGAGAGGGAGAGCUGCUGUAUUGUAGCGCCUCAGGGCAGCGCUCCAAGUCAAUAUAUAUCUCCACAGCCGUGUCUGCGCUCCCAUUUGAGCGGGACGUGCUGCCCUGCUGCCACUGCUGCACAGGAGUGACAGACAACCGGACGCUCUCUAGGUAUGAAUAAAUAUGUAUUUAAGUGUAUGUAGAAUUUGAUGUAUAUGUACGGUCCUAUAAACUGGGAAUUCAUGUAAAUUAAAGUUGACUUGGAAAAGGAUUUUUGCUGUAAUUUUGUUUUAUUUGUUUAUUUUCUUAAGUUAAAAAAUGUUUUAGGUGUUAGAUUAUUUAAAAUCAUAAUUAAAGCAGAUUUUGAUUAAUUAAUAAAUUACUUAAAUCUGUAUUUGACACUUUUGACUGCACUAAAAUAACUUUUUCAAUUAUGCUUUUUUCUUUAUGUUUUAAAAAAACAUUUUUUCCAUCUUUUUCAGAACUUUUUUUAAGCAAAGGGAGGCAAACGUCGCUUUAUCAUCACCUGAGGUUUUGCUGCCGAUUGAUGGUGCUGAAAUGCACAUGAACAAGACAGAAGACUAGACUACUGACUUUGUUUUCAAUCCAAGCUUUCGUCAUGUCCAAAGACGACGUCUGCAAAGUGACAUCCGCCAGCAAACACAAGGAGCGCAAGCCCAAGAAGCCCCAUUACAUCCCUCGACCGUGGGGCAAACCCUACAACUACAAAUGCUUCCAGUGUCCUUUCACCUGCAUGGAGAAGUCCCACCUGUACAACCACAUGAAGUACAGCCUCUGCAAGAACUCCUUGUCUCUGCUCAUCGAGUCCGACUGGCCGUACAAGAAGGGCAACAUCCUGCACCCGGAUCAGCUGCGGCCCUUCCAACAGGCGCACGGCCUGCACGCCGGCGGGAAGGAUGAUGCGGAGCAGGCGUUGCGCAGUGAGGAGAAGUCUGGGCAACGGAGGUCUGUGGAGGAAGAGGGUGAGAGCAGGGAGAGUCAUAGAGAGGAGGAGGAGGAAGGGCGGGAGGAGCAGGUAGAGGUCACCAAGAAAAUGUUUAACAGAGGGGAUGCGGCGGAUGGCAGGUUCAAGGAGCCGGUUUCAGAGCUUUUGAUGACUGACGUUCUAUCUUUAGAAGAUCAGCUGUUCCGAGCGCGCUCUGUAGAAGUAGAAGCGCACCUCAGACAACAGAAGCUGCCGAAGUCGUGUCUCAGCGCUCCUGGGCUGCUGUCGGAGCACUGGCGACUGCUGGCAUCCAGCCACAUGAAAACCAAAGCAGAAGGUGCUCCAGCCAGAGUGAGCGGAUCCAUACCCUGUUACCCUCCUCCGCCCAACCUGGUUGACUACCAGGACCCUACUGGACUCAACCUUUCCAUGUUCGGAGUGGGUUAUCCCAUAAGCCCCAGCCUUUUCUCCUACAUGAACUCCGCUAUUCCCGCUGCAGCGUCCAGCGCCGGCUCCCAGUCCCACGCACAGCUCACCCAGCUGCCCUUCCUUGCAUCGGCCUCUCAGCUGAUGCACCCCGCCUCCAGCGCACACACAGACAGAACCAUCCUCCCUUCCCGCCUCUACCCCUUCCUGUGCGAGCACACAUUCGGGCCCAGUCCAAAUGAAGCCGGCAAAUCCCUCAAGACGACCUCCACUAACUGCCUGGACGCAGGUCCUUUGUCCGGCUUUCAACCCAAGGUCAAUCUGUGGAAGGUGCCCGCUCUGAUGCCGGGGAACGCCGUGUCCCCCGCCGGCUGGGUGUCUUCUCAGAGAGACUCACCUGAUCAAAACUGCAGGUCGGAGGAAAAAGUUUCCAAGGAAAGCAAAGCAAGCUCAGGGUUCAAGAGGACAGGAAGUGCACUGAGAAGUCAGGAGACGCCACCAGAGAAGAAGUCAACCGUGGGCUUUGCGGUCAACCUUCUGAAAAACAUUCAAACUGACAAACUACUCUUCCAAAGCAGUUUGCAGGACGCUCAACUCCAGGCCCGCUCCAGUGAUCUGUGGUGCAACAAUCCUCUCACCAGCCCCAACAGUGAAAGUGUCUUUCUGAAAACGAGCAGCCAGGACUCGAGUACCGCCGGCAGAACAAGGGAAGGAGCUUCCGAGUCGGUGGCUGCUCUCCUCACCGAUCUCUCCAAGGCGCUGCAGGAGUAUCAGGAGGCCGAACACAAGAUCUCCCACCUGGAAAAGGAGGACCUUUCCGCCCAGCGGCAUCUCUGGGAACACCUCGGUAAAAUCCGCAGCGAGCUGUCCCACAUCCAUCAGGCACUGGAGCGGACAGCCGUCCAGAGCGAUGGACCUCUUGACCUGUCGGUUAAGAGGGACUCCACAGACUCGGCUGCAGAGCCGAUUGCACAGGAGGACGGCGGCCUUCAAGACAACCUGACUGAGACGGAAGAAGAGGAGGACGAGGAGCUGGAGGAGAAAAAAGAGGAUGAGGGCAACGGAAAAGCCAUGAGGGCGUCGCUGGAGAGCCGGAAGCAGUCUCUGGACAUGCUGAUCAAGAUAAGUCAGGCCUCGGUGGUGAACACGGACGUCCUCACUCCGGGGGGGCUCGGCCUGAGGCCGGCCGAGGCCUUGUGGCCGAGCAGAACCACCAAGUGCGAGGCCGACUCCAGCGUCCUGCUGUGUCCCGACGGUCGAUCCGUCAUGUUCACAGACAUCCCCUCCUCCAUCAAACCUCAGAGGAGAUCGCCGUCGAUACACCGGCUGGAGUCCCAGUGUCCUCUGAGCCCGCUGGCUGCUCCUGACAGCUGAACGCCCAUCACCCCCACAGGACGUCUCUCACACACAUCUGAUACUCACUGGCUGGAAGAACUCUAUGGGGUCAAAUCAGGAUCAGCUUAAAGUGAACAAAAAAACUGAUCGAAAACUUGAAAAAUAACUGAAAAGAAAAUUUGUGAAAAUGUAAAAACUGAAAAAACAAAUCGA